AUCCCUUACUUUCCCACCUCCACCUCCAAGAUCGCCCUUCUUGUGAAAGCACAGAGUAUCUUCUUUACUCUCGAGAUGUCGGGCAACGACAGUGAACCGUAUCUUUUCGUCGAGAAAUGCGGCUCGACCCGAGGAAAUCCAAUUUAUGUGAUCACAAAGUACAUCCCGUCAGUCAGUGUACUCGAAUGAAGUGGUUUGCAGAAGGGGCUAAUGUGUCAUGCCAGCGCUAGCAACGGCUACUCAAGUAGGACGAGGGAAAUCAGAUGCAUGGAUCUAGGUGGCGAAGCUCUUGGUUCUUAUAAGGCUCGCCAAGGAGGGUGCACACAUAUACAGUUCUUCAAUCAGUCUGAACAUCUCAAUUGCACUGGGUGCGGCAUGGAGUUUUCCAAAGUCAUGCUUCGCCAGAAUGCGUACAUCGAGAUCAGAGGCCUCCCUUCUUGAUUCCUUCGACGUUCGGUUACUAUUCUCGCCAUGACCGCUAUCCUCGUUGCUCUGUUGAAUAGCUAUGAACAACUAUACCUGGAAUAG